UGCGCACUAAGGUGUUUGCGUGUGUAUGGGUGUGUGUCCCUGAAUCAUCGCUGUGCGAAGACAAGCACAGAGUGAUGGGACCAGAGUGAAGGGACAGCAGCGAGCUCCCAGUGGCUGGCUAUGACAGAUGCGAAGGAUGGCCUCGUGCCCGGACAUCUGCGGAGCGAGGCGUGCUGAGAGACCGCAGCCGGCCGCCGCCGGCGGCGACCGCCCCCACUACGGUGUCCGUUCGUACCUGCACCAGUUUUACGAGGAGUGCACCACCUCAAUCUGGGAAAGCGACGAAGAUUUUCAGACUCAGAGAUCGCCUAGCAGGUGGAGCUCUGUCCUCUGGAAGGUUUUCCUCGCUUUGGGAACCUUGAUCUUAAUCACAGGCCUGACCAUGCUGACUGUGGGCUAUGUCACCACGCCCAAAAUCGAAGCCUUCGGGGAGGACGACCUUCUGUUUGUGGACAGCAGAGCCGCAAGCUUCAACCGGGCCCUCGAGGCCUGCAAACUGGCCGGGGCCAUAGUGUUUUGCGUUGGGGGCAGCGUGAUGGCAGGGGGCUUUCUGCUGUCUGUGUCCGCAGAGGGGAACGCCAAACAGGAGCGGGGCCUUUGGCGAAGGCUGGCCCAGAGGCCGCCUGAGCCGGUGACCCGGGCACCAGCCCCCAGGGAGGGUAAAAUCCCCGUCACGCUGUCCAAAGUGCAGAACGUUCAGCCCACGUCCGGAACCUGACGCUAAGUGGUAACCACAGGAAAUAUGUGUAUCUACUUGAAAUCCAGCUUAAGCGAUUAAGCAAAUAUGACAUACAGUCCAGAACAAAUAACUUUACAUGCAUUAAAGAAAUGAAGAUUAGGGGGGGGGGG